AUGAUUUCAGGGUCAUCAUCAUCAAACCCAGCUGAACUAGCCUCUUUUGGAAACCGUGUGUUAAAAACCAGUGAGAAACUCAUUUCUACAUUAGUGAAGCCGACAGACACAAGUAACAGUGUCAGUUUUACCCUUGCUGCUGUGGGGUCAAGACUUCGGGUCACCUUAGAUAAAAUCCCUCGACUCGACACGACAAAUUCUUCUGUGGACAUCGAUCUCAUUGGGAUCACCAGGAACAACACUGAAAGAUCAGUUGCUGUGGCUUUCAUGAGCUACAACAUGAUGGAGAAUCUACUGAAGCCAGACUUCUUCAACAAAUCCAAUGACACGAUUAAAACCAUGAUGUCCACUGUGAUCUCAGCUACUCUUCCCAAAACCACCAACUCUAAACUAACUAAACCGGUCAACUUCACCCUCAAACACAUCAGAGAGUUUGAUCCCAGCGGUUCUCUGUUCUGUGUGUACUGGAAUAUCAGCGAGUGGAUUGUAGAUGGUUGUUCUGUUUUAAACUCCAACAGCAGCCACACUGUGUGUUCCUGUGAACAUCUGUCCACAUUCGCUCUCAUCAUGCAAUACAGAACCUUUCUAAGCGACUCACUAAUGGAGCUGUUGAAUUUGGUGUGUGUGAUUGUGGGGCUGGUGUUCUUCACUUUGGCCCUGUUGACCUUUGCCCUUUGUCGGUGGAGUCCAGGAGUGAAUAAUGUGGCUCGAAUCAACAUCUGCAUCAGUCUUCUGUUGGCUCACCUUCUGUUUCUGCUCACACAGCAGUUCCUGAGCCUCAUACGGCCUCUGCAGGUGUUGUGUGCCGUGAUCUCAGGACUUCUGCACUUCCUCUUUCUCUCCGGCUUUGUGUGGAUGUUCAUUGAAGCUGUGCUGCUCUUCAUCUGUGUGAAGAGCCUCUCACAGAUCAGCUCCAAAAAGAGGGAGGUGCUUAGCAGUGGAUUCCUGUGUGUGUUUGGAUAUGUGGUUGCUCUGUUUGUGGUGUGUGUUUCUGUCAGAGUUGUUGUUAUUUUAAGUUAA